AUGGCUCCAGCUUUAGCUCCACAGCAGCCAGCUGAAAGACACAGAGCAUUUUUCAAACACCAGUUUGUGGUGCAGCUUCUGGAUCAGCUCCAGGCUACCUUGACACUCACUGGACUGCAGUCGCUUCCUGUUGGCUGCCCCACUUUCACUGUAGCCCUUCUCCAACCCCUUCUGAACACAGGGCCUGGAAAAAAAAGAGCUGAUAAAAAUACAGUUAAACCUUACACAAGUUCCAGCGGUGAAGAAGAAGAAGAAAAGCUACCUAGAAGAGAGAGUUUGAGACCAAAGAGGAAACGGACCAGAGAUGUUAUCAAUGAGGAUGACCCAAUACCUGAACCAGAGGAUGAAGAAACAAGGAAGGCAAGAGAAAAAGAAAGAAGGAGGAGGUUGAAAAGAGGAGCGGAAGAAGAAGAGGAAAUUGAUGCAGAGGAAUUGGAAAGACUGAAGGCAGAGUUAGAUGAAAAGAGACAAAUAAUUGCGACAGUUAAAUGCAAACCUUGGAAGAUGGAGAAGAAAAUUGAAGUUCUCAAAGCACAUGUGAGAGGAACAGAACCAGAUGGAAUGACUCCACUGAGUGGUGAGAAAUGGGCAAAAUUCCUUCGUGAUUUUGAGAACUUCAAGGCUGCUUGUAUCCCAUGGGAAAAUAAAAUCAAGGCGAUUGAAAGUCAGUUUGGCUCAUCAGUGGCCUCCUACUUCCUUUUCUUGAGAUGGAUGUACGGAGUAAAUAUGGUUCUUUUUAUCCUGACAUUCAGCCUGAUCAUGUUGCCAGAGUACCUCUGGGGUUUGCCAUAUGGAAGUUUACCUAGGAAAACAGUCCCAAGAGCUGAAGAGGCAUCUGCAGCCAACUUUGGUGUGUUGUACGACUUCAAUGGUUUGGCACAAUAUUCCGUCCUCUUUUAUGGCUAUUACGACAAUAAACGAACGAUUGGAUGGAUGAAUUUCAGGUUGCCGCUCUCCUAUUUUCUGGUGGGGAUUAUGUGCAUCGGAUACAGCUUUCUGGUUGUCCUCAGGGCGAUGACCAAAAAUAUUGGUGACGAUGGAGGGGGCGAUGACAACACUUUCAACUUCAGCUGGAAGAUGUUCUGCAGCUGGGACUACCUGAUUGGCAACCCUGAAACAGCCGACAACAAAUUUAAUUCCAUCACAAUGAACUUUAGGGAAGCUAUAACAGAAGAAAGAGCAGCCCAAGUAGAAGAAAAUGUCCACUUGAUCAGAUUCCUGAGGUUUCUUGCUAACUUCUUCGUGUUCCUAACACUUGGUGCAAGCGGAUACCUCAUCUUUUGGGCUGUGAAGAGAUCCCAGGAAUUUGCACAGCAAGAUCCUGACACCCUUGGGUGGUGGGAAAAAAAUGAAAUGAAUAUGGUUAUGUCCCUCCUGGGGAUGUUCUGUCCAACACUGUUUGACUUAUUUGCUGAAUUGGAAGACUACCAUCCUCUCAUCGCUCUGAAAUGGCUGCUGGGACGCAUUUUUGCUCUCCUUUUAGGCAACCUGUAUGUAUUUAUUCUUGCCUUAAUGGAUGAGAUUAACAACAAGAUUGAAGAGGAGAAGCUUGUGAAGGCCAACAUCACCCUGUGGGAAGCCAACAUGAUCAAGGCCUACAAUGCAUCCCUCUCUGAGAAUACCACUGGGCUACCAUUUUUUGUUCAUCCUGCAGAUGUACCUCGAGGUCCGUGCUGGGAAACCAUGGUGGGACAGGAAUUCGUGCGACUGACCGUUUCUGAUGUUCUGACGACUUAUGUCACAAUUCUCAUCGGUGACUUUCUCAGGGCAUGUUUUGUAAGGUUUUGCAAUUACUGCUGGUGCUGGGAUUUGGAAUAUGGAUAUCCUUCCUACACCGAAUUUGACAUCAGUGGCAACGUCCUGGCUCUGAUCUUCAACCAAGGCAUGAUCUGGAUGGGUUCCUUCUUUGCUCCCAGCCUUCCGGGCAUCAAUAUCCUUCGACUCCACACAUCUAUGUACUUCCAGUGCUGGGCCGUGAUGUGCUGCAAUGUUCCUGAAGCCAGGGUUUUCAAAGCUUCCAGAUCAAAUAAUUUCUACCUGGGCAUGCUUUUGCUCAUCCUCUUCCUGUCCACCAUGCCGGUCCUGUACAUGAUCGUAUCUCUCCCACCAUCUUUUGAUUGUGGUCCCUUCAGUGGCAAAAACAGGAUGUUCGAAGUCAUUGGUGAGACCCUGGAGAAUGAUUUCCCAAGCUGGAUGGCAAAGAUUUUGAGACAGCUUUCCAACCCUGGACUGGUCAUUGCUGUUGUUCUAGUGAUGGGUUUGACCAUCUAUUAUCUCAAUGCCACUGCCAAGGGCCAGAAGGUAGCAAAUCUGGAACUAAAAAAGAAGAUGAAACUGCAAGCUUUGGAAAACAAAAUGCGGAACAAGAAGAUGGCAGCUGCACGUGCAGCUGUAGCUGCUGGUGGCCAGUAAUUUCCAGAGCUAUCCUGGGGGCCCAGAACUACUCCACACCUUACUGCUUAAGAAGAAUGUGCUGUGUGAAGGCCCAAAGAACAAGCACAGGGCAGUGGUGAUUCCCUGUUCUAUUCUGAUGGAUUAUCAAGCUCUUGCUUAUAGGUUAAGGCAUGGUCAAUCCUCCCUGGGCAAGAAGGAUUUCCACCACCUUCUAAAUUAUGCUUUUGUUUUUCCCCUGCACUGCCGCUUUUUCUCCAGCUCAGUUUCCCUCACAGUUUUCCAAACAAAUUGAGCUUAAAAAUGGGUGUGAUACAGUAAUGUGUGUUACUGGAUAUAAUUGGUAGGUUAUUUAUCAUUUUUUGUCUGUAGGAAUCAUCUUUCCUAUGUAGAUUGUAAGCUAUGAGCAGGGUUUGUAUCCUUCUAACUCUUUUAUAUGCCUGGUAUAGUGCUGUGCACAGGUAGGCACUGACUAAAUGCUUGUUAAUUAAAUUGAAUCAAUUUAACUUACAGCAGUUGCAUUCUGAAACAAAAACUUCUGUUAUAUGCACAAAAAUGCUACUAUAAUAUAAUAAAUAAAUUAU